AUGGCCGUCUCACCACUUCUCCCCCGUUCGCCCUCCAACAUCAAUGCCAACAUCAGCCCCGCCAAGGCAAAGCCUCUCACGGUGCGGAACUCGUCGUCAGCAUCAACAUCUGGGAAACCAACGCAGCCGAAACAAGAAUUCGACCUGGCUGAGAAGAUGAACGAGGAGAUUGCAAGCAAAUAUGUCAAAGGCAAAAAACUCGGCGAAGGCACCUUCGCGCUCGUCUACCGCGGCCACCUCCGCUCCGAUCCCAACCACGUGGUGGCGAUCAAGAAAUUCAAGAUCCCAUCCCAACCGGAACAACGCUCCGAGGGUCUCAACGUCGACUCGAUCCGCGAGAUCAAGUACCUGCAAGAACUCUCCCACCCGUCCAUCGUCGCCCUCCUCGACGUCUUCUCCACCAAGGACGAAACCAUCAACAUGGUGAUCGAGUACUUCCCCAACGGCAAUCUGGAACAGCUGAUCAAGGACCAGAGCGUCGCCUACGGCGCCGCCGACGUCAAAGCGUGGAUGGGGAUGCUGGGCCGCGCCAUCUAUUUCUGCCACGCGAAUUUCGUGCUGCAUCGCGACAUCAAGCCGAAUAAUCUGCUGAUUGCGGCGGAUGGCGAGGUCAAGUUGGCGGAUUUCGGGCUCGCGAGGGGGUUUGCCGAUCCCUAUGCCAACAUGACGCAUGUGGUUAUCACGUUGUGGUAUCGACCGCCUGAAUUGUUGUUUGGAGCGAGACAUUACAGUGGCGCGGUGGACGUGUGGAGCAUGGGGAUGGUGUUCGCGGAAUUACUGCUGCGCGUCCCCUACGCGGCGACGAUGAGCGACAAGGAGAUCGCACAGCUCGAGACCAUCUGCGAGGCGGUGGGCACGCCGAAUGAAGAGAAUUGGCCAGGCGUCAGCUCGCUGCCGAACUACAUGGAGAUGGACAAGCAGGUCCCAGUCAGGGGGAGGGAUUAUUACAUGGCCAAAUUCCCGACCGCCGGGGCUCAAGGGGUCGAUCUCUUGAUGGCAAUGCUGAAACUGGAUCCCAACAAAAGGGUCACGGCGAAGCAGGUUCUGGAGCAUGCCUGGUGGCGGGUCGAACCACGGCCGACGGAUCGAGAGAAUCUGCCCAAGCAGGGUGGUGGAGCGGAGAAGAUGGGCGAGGAUGUGGCGCGGCAGCCCGGUGUUUUGGCGGAUCAUGACAAGUUCCAGGGAGUGGCCAGGAGGCUGGAUUUCGCUGCGUUGAAAUGA